CCCAUUUCUCUCUUUAACACUCCAAACCCUUUUUAGAAGUCUCUAGAACGCAGACUCGCCUCACUUGUACACACCAUAAAUCCCUUCUCUCACUCCCUCGCCUCCUCAUACCGCUGCCUUCUUUCGCUCUCCCAGAGCCUUCGACGUCAUUCUUUCUUUCUCUGUGCGAUUUCCUGCUCUAAUUAGCUAUGGACGAGGAUUUCGAUAUCCCGCCAGCUGAGGAGAUGAACGAGGACUUGGAUCUUCCUGACGAACCUCCGAUCAUGAAGGUUGGCGAGGAGAAGGAGAUCGGAAAGGAAGGUUUGAAGAAGAAGCUUGUCAAGGAAGGUGAAGGUUGGGACAGGCCUGACAACGGCGACGAAGUUGAAGUGCAUUAUACGGGGACAUUGUUGGAUGGGACUAAGUUUGAUUCGAGUCGCGACAGAGGAACUCCGUUCAAGUUCACCCUUGGUCAAGGCCAAGUAAUUAAAGGAUGGGACAUAGGUAUCAAAACAAUGAAAAAAGGUGAAAAUGCCAUAUUUACCAUUCCACCUAAUCUGGCUUAUGGUGAAUCUGGCUCACCACCUACGAUUCCUCCCAGUGCCACUCUCCAAUUUGACGUUGAGCUGCUAUCAUGGAGUAGCAUCAAGGACAUAUGCAAGGAUGGUGGAAUAUUUAAGAAAAUUCUUGCUGAAGGAGAUAAAUGGGAGAACCCGAAGGACCUUGAUGAAGUGUUUGUUAAGUACGAGGCUCAACUCGAGGAUGGCACAGUUGUUGCUAAAUCUGAUGGUGUAGAGUUCACUGUGAAGGAUGGCCACUUUUGCCCUGCAUUGGCUAGGGCCGUUAAAACUAUGAAGAACGGAGAAAAGGUUAUUCUGACAGUGAAGCCACAAUAUGGUUUUGGGGAAAAGGGAAAGCCGGCCUCUGGCGAUGAAGGUGCUGUUCCACCAAAUGCAACACUUCAAAUCACUCUGGAGCUGGUUUCAUGGAAGACUGUGUCAGAAGUAACAGAUGACAAGAAAGUUAUCAAGAAGAUUCUAAAGGAAGGUGAAGGAUAUGAGCGUCCUAAUGAGGGAGCUGUAGUUAAAGUGAAGUUGAUGGGGAAACUGCAAGAUGGUACUGUGUUCUUGAAGAAAGGCCAUGAUGAAGAUGAGUUGUUUGAGUUCAAAACAGAAGAGGAGCAAGUCAUUGACGGGCUUGAUAGAGCUGUUGUGACAAUGAAGAAGGGUGAGGUCGCAUUAUUGACCAUUGCACCAGAAUAUGCAUUUGGGUCCUCUGAGUCAAAGCAGGAGUUGGCUGUUGUGCCACCAAACUCAACUAUUAACUACGAGGUUGAGCUGGUGUCCUUUGUCAAGGACAAGGAAUCCUGGGACAUGAACACCCAAGAAAAGAUUGAGGCAGUUGGCAAAAAGAAGGAAGAAGGGAAUGUAUUGUUCAAGGCAGGAAAAUAUGCAAGAGCUUCCAAGAGAUAUGAGAAGGCUGUCAAAUACAUUGAGUAUGAUACUUCCUUCGGAGAAGAAGAGAAAAAGCAGUCCAAAGCAUUGAAGGUUGCUUGCAAUUUAAACAAUGCAGCUUGCAAGUUGAAAUUGAAAGAUUACAAGCAGGCAGAGAAGCUGUGCACAAAGGUGUUGGAACUAGAGAGUAGAAAUGUGAAAGCUUUGUACAGAAGAGCCCAGGCCAAUAUUCAGCUGGCUGACUUGGAUUUGGCCGAGCUGGAUAUUAAGAAGGCUCUUGAAAUUGAUCCUGACAACAGGGAGGUCAAGCUGGAGUAUAGAACUUUGAAGGAGAAGAUGAAGGAGUACAAUAAAAAAGAAGCUAAAUUUUAUGGAAACAUGUUUGCUAAAAUGAAUAAGUUGGAGUCUCUUGAAUCAAAUAAAACAACUUCAAAGGAAGCGAAACCAAUGAGCAUUGACAGCAAGGCUUAGUUAAUAACCGAGCCUCUAACUUUGGCUGGAAAAUAUACAAGGUCACUCAGUAUUUUUUUUUUAUUUGGGGGGUGCUAAAGCACGUACUUUCCAUGGUUUUAAUUGCUUCAGAUCUGCUUUCAUUUGUAGGACCGCUAAAUUGUUGUAGUCUGGAGUUUUCUUUUUCUUGUGCGGAUUGUUGGCUUAAUAUAUUGGUGAAUUGUUAACGUUAUAGUAAAGCUUUUUGCUAGACA